UUAUCCGAUACAAUGGAUUUAGACAUGAUGAUGAUGCAUACAAGUAGUAGUAGUAGUAGUGGUGGCGUUGGCGGUAGUUCAACCACAACAGGAUCUAAAUCAUGGGGUAAAGCUGCUUCUUUAAAAUUAUCCAAUUCAUCAAACAACAACACCAACAACAAUAAUAACAGUAUGACUACAGGAUCCAAUUCUACAAUGGCUACAAUUGCUGCUUCAUUAACCGCUAAUAAUCAUCAUCAUUAUGACAAUUCAACAGGAUCACUUAACGCCAAUAACAACAAUGUGUAUUCUGAUUCAAAUAAACGUCGUGUUGGUCCAUCAUCUAGUCAGUUAUAUUUAGUACGAACUAUGUUAGAAUUAAUGAUUGAACAAGUCUCUUCAUCAAGUAAACAAUUAAUUCGAAAAGAUUUAGAUUCAACAACCCUAGCCACAAUUGAUACAUUUCUCAAACAUAGUUUCUAUUGGCCAUAUCUUUUAAAUUUUAGUGAAACUCUUAUCAAAUGUUGUGAUUUAUCACAAUUAUGGUAUCGUGAAUUUUUCUUAGAAAUGACUAAUGGUACUUGUAUACAAUUUCCAAUUGAAAUGAGUCUUCCAUGGAUAUUUACUAAUCAUAUUUUAGAAAUGGAACAUCCUGGUUACAUGGAAUACCUGUUAUAUAUGCUUGAUUUAUACAACGAUGCAGCACAAUGUGCAUUAAAUCGUUUUCGACGACAAUUUUUAUAUGAAGAAAUUGAAGCUGAGGCGAAUUUAGUUUUUGAUCAAUUAGUGUAUAAAUUAAGUGAUAAAUUAUUUCGACAUUAUAAAUGUUAUGCAGCAUCAAUUUUGUUGGAUAAACGAUUUCGUACUGAAGCACAACGUACUACUAUGUCAUGGCGUGAAUCAUCGUAUCCACCACCGAAUCGUUAUCAGCCGGCAUUGUUACAACAAAAUAAUAUUCAAUUACUUGGACGUUCUAUUGAUUUGAAUCGAUUAAUAUGUCAACGUAUGAAUAUAGCUAUCUAUAAAUCAAUUGAAGUAGCGAUAGCACGUUUUCAUAGUUCAGAUAUAACAGGAAUUAUUG